GAGGGGCCUUAUGAUGUUUUACACAAAAGUGCCUGUGUUCAUAGUUUUACUCGGGGCACCCAAAAUAGCGUGCAGUGAGCACUGUCACACUGUGAGUUUUCAAAACUAAAAGUAGAAGUGACUUACUCUGGCAGGAAGCUGUAACUCUUAAAGCUUUCUAAGGAUCUGUGAAGUAAAGUACUGCUUACUUCUCUUCAUCAGAUGUUUAACCUGAAUUUUAAGCUACACAUUUCUUUAAGCCUUGAAGACCCUGGAGUCACACAGAUGAAAAUUGAUUGAAAGGAAAUUUCAGCAUGAAUUAUUACGCAUUGCCAUCUCUUGUGUUGACACUGGUUCAGCUUUGGCCUUGCACUCCAGACAUGCAGAAGAAAAGUAUUAAAAGCACAGAUCAGUCCUUCGCAGCAGUUCGAAGAGUGAAACGUGGCUGGAUAUGGGAACCUCUUUUUGUAACUGAGGAGCAGAUUACGAAGAUGCCUUUGUAUGUCGGACAGCUGAAAUCCGAUUUAGACAAGCAGGAUAGAAGCCUACAAUACAUUUUGACUGGGGAAGGAGCUGAAAGCAUUUUCGUCAUUGAUGAAUACAGUGGUAAAAUUUAUGUGAAACAGAAACUGGAUAGAGAAAAGAAACCCUUCUACACUCUAAGAGCACAAGUUAUUAACAGAAACACUCAUCUUCCUGUUGAACCUGAAUCAGAAUUUAUCAUCAAGGUUCGAGAUAUCAAUGAUCAUGAACCACAGUUCUUAGAUGGACCGUAUGUAGCUACCAUUCCAGAGAUGUCCCCUGAAGGUACAUCUGUUACACAGGUAACAGCUACAGAUGGUGAUGAUCCUUCUUACGGGAAUAGUGCACGUCUGCUUUACAGUCUCAUUCAAGGACAGCCUUAUUUCUCUGUGGAGCCAAAGACAGGGAUUAUCAGAAUGGCUUCCCAAAUGGAUAGAGAAACAAAGGAUCAACACUUGGUCAUCAUCCAAGUCAAAGACAUGGUUGGGCAAGCAGGAGCUUUUUCAGCAACAGCCACUGUUACCAUUAACCUCUCUGACAUCAAUGACAAUGCACCUAAAUUUCAACAGCGACUCUACUACAUGAGCGUCUCUGAAGAGGCUCCUGUGGGCACUACCGUAGGCAGAGUCAUGGCAGAAGACAGCGACGUAGGGGAGAAUGCAGCCAUGAACUAUUUCAUUGAAGGAGAUAGCACAGAUGUUUUUGACAUCAUUACUGAUAAUGAGACUCAAGAAGGAAUUAUUUUAUUAAAAAAGAGGGUGGAUUAUGAGACCAAGAGGAGAUACAGUGUUCAAGCAAAAGUUGUCAACAGGUAUAUUGAUGAACGAUUUCUGGAAGAAGGACCAUUUGAAGACACGACCAUUAUUAAAAUCAAUGUGCAAGAUGCUGAUGAACCUCCUGUUUUCUCCUUGGAGAACUAUGUGAUGGAGAUUGCUGAAGGGGCUGUGAGUGGCUCAUUGGUAGGCGUAAUAACUGCUAGAGAUCCAGACAGUGAUGACAGCCCAAUCAGGUAUUCUAUUGUCAAUGACAUGUAUUUAAAGAGAUUGUUCAGCAUCAAUGAACACAAUGGAACAAUCAUUACAACUAAACCUCUGGACCGAGAGAUAGCUGCUUGGUACAACAUAACUGUUUCAGCCACAGAAACAAGAAAUCCAGAAAAAAAAUCAGAAGUAAAUGUGUAUAUCCAUGUUCUCAAUGUCAAUGACCAUGAACCGGAAUUCCCUAAAUACUAUGAAACAUUUGUAUGUGAAAAUACAUUUUCUGGCCAGCUAAUUCAAAACAUCAGUGCAGUGGAUAAAGAUGAUUCAGUAGAAGGUCACCACUUUUUCUUCUCCUUGGCUCAGGAGGCAACAAACAUCUCACAUUUUACUGUCAAAGAUAAUCAAGAUAACACUGCUGGAAUUUUCACAGCAAAAAAUGGCUUCAGUAGACAGGAGCAGCUUUUUUUCUACUUGCCCAUCUUAAUUCUGGAUAAUGGAACCCCACCACUUACAAGCACAAACACUCUCACUAUCACUGUCUGUGACUGUGACAUUGAAGUUAACAUCUUCUUUUGUCGAUACGGAACUUUCCUGUAUUCCUUGGGUCUGAGUACAGAAGCUUUAGUUGCUGUUUUGGCUUGCAUACUAAUUCUCCUAGUUUUCAUUUUGGCGGUUGUGGCCAUAAGAAGGCAGCGGCAGAAGUCUCCGUUUUCGGAGAAGAUAGAAGAGUUCAGAGAGAACAUCGUUCGGUAUGAUGAUGAGGGAGGUGGAGAGGAGGACACAGAAGCUUUUGAUAUUUCAGCGCUGAGGACUCACACUGUUAUGAGGACCCACACCGUUAUGAGGACACAAAAAGCUCGGAAGAACAUCACCACAGAGAUCCAUAGCCUCUACAGACAGUCUCUGCAAGUUGGCCCUGACAGUGCAGUGUUCAGGCAAUUCAUUUCAGAAAAGCUUGAAGAAGCUAAUAUGGAUCCCAGUGCUCCUCCAUAUGACUCGCUUCAGACAUAUGCCUUUGAAGGGACUGGUUCUUUGGCAGGAUCCCUCAGCUCUUUAGGCUCAAACACAUCAGAUAUGGAUCAGAAUUAUGAAUUCCUUGGAGACUGGGGACCUCAAUUUAAACAGCUUGCAAGCAUGUAUGCUUCUCAUAGAAAUAGGAGAGAUUAA